AUGGCAAGUGAACAAUGGAAGAACGAUGUCGCAUACGCGAUGACUCCCUUCAAAUUGUUAUCAUGGCCCCUCGGUGUUUGGCCACUUCAAGUUUAUAACAUCUAUUCGUUAAUACGAUGCAUCUUGGCUACUUCUUGCAUGAGUAUAAUAGUGAUCUUGCCUUCCAUGGAGUUUCACCUGGGCUGUACUAACGCGGAACAGAAUAUAGAUAGCCUCAUGUUGAUUUGUUGCGGUGUGCUCGGAGUGUUCAAGACUAUAUGUUUCCGCAUAUACGCGAAAAAUUUAACUGAUAAUUAUGGCUCGGCUUUGAAUGAUUAUUUGACAAUUGAAAAUAAACAACAUCGUGCUAUUAUGCGAAGACACGCUUUUAUGGGAAGGAUUCUCUCUUGUUUUAUGGUAUGCUUCUCUUAUGUUAGUGUAAUAUUAUAUUCGUUGAUUCCUCUUCUGGAUGAAACUCUGGAUGAUAAUCAAGAUAAACAGAUCAAUGUAACGGAUGAAGAUACUAUAUUGGAUUAUCCAAUGCCAUCAAGAUGCGCGUUAGAAUACUUGAAUGCCCCAAUAAGCAUGUAUCGCAUUAUCUGUCUCAUGGAAUUUAUCAUACUAGUACUUACAUGUACUUGUAAUCACGGUAAUGACUCUUUGUUCCUCAACAUUACUUUGCAUAUGUGUGGUCAAGUGAAAAUUUUAAAGGCCAAUUUUAGCAAUUUUGAUGUUUCAAAUCCGCAAGUUCAAGAUCGUUUCAACACUUUGAUUCAGAGACAUAAUUAUCUCAUAGAAUUGAGCAAGAAAUUGGCUGAAACAAUUAGUUUCAUCUUACUAACACAAUUAUUUAUUAGCAGCAUUCAGUUAUGUUUAAUGGGAUUUCAACUUAUCUUAGCUCUAAAAAUGAAUAAUGUUGUUGUGAUGGGAAAAAGCUGUAUGGUACUGUGUACGUUCUUAACGCAAUUAUCUGUAUAUAGUUUUGUCGGGGAUUACUUGAAAUCCCAAAUGGAAGAAGUUGCAUUUUCUAUUUAUCAAAACAUCUGGUAUGAUCUUCCCACAAAGUUGACAAGAAAUAUAAUUUUUAUUAUUAUGCGGGCACAAUCUCCUGCCAAGUUGCUAGCUGGAAAUUUUAUCGUGGUAAAUCUGGCAACUUAUAUGAGCAUCUUGAAAACUUCUAUUUCGUAUCUGUCUGUAUUACGUGUAAUGGUAGAAAUAUAAGAGAUAAUACGCGUAAUAAUAAAAUUUUAUAAAUUACAAAUCUACAAUUUUAAAUUGUGUUCGAUGAGAUAGAAUUCUGUAGAAGCAAGAGUUUGUAAUAUCGUUUUAAUAAAAUUGCUAAUUAUAACCACAAUUUAAUCGCUUAAUUGUGUUAAAAAUUAA